AUUAGGCCACGCCCGUGGGUGAAUAAAUAGCCGUCUUUCUAUAAAUACCCAUUUCACCACUUUACAUUUUUUUUCAAAGUUUCCAAUGGCUGGAAUAUUAUCACUUGUUAGACGCAUUUAUCUCUCCUUUUACAAUUGGAUUGUCUUUUUUGGAUGGUUUCAAGUUUUUUAUCUUGCUGUGAAAACUCUGAAAGAAUCAGGACAUGAACAUGUCUAUGAUGCUGUAGAGAAGCCUUUGCUUUUAGCUCAAACCGCCGCGAUUUUAGAGAUACUUCAUGGUCUAGUGGGUUUGGUAAGAUCGCCAGUAUCAGCAACUCUUCCACAAAUAAGUUCAAGAUUAUACGUAAUGUGGGGUAUUCUAUGGAGUUUCCCUGAGCUCCGGUCUCAUAUUCUUGUUAGCUCUCUAGUGAUUAGCUGGUCUGUAACGGAGAUCAUCCGAUAUUCAUUUUUUGGGACAAAAGAGGCGUUUGGUUCUGCUCCUUCAUGGCUCUUGUGGCUAAGAUAUAGUACCUUCUUGUUGCUGUAUCCUAGUGGCAUCACAAGUGAAGUUGGCUUGAUAUAUAGCGCUUUGCCUUACAUCACGGAAUCGGGGAAGUAUUCUCUUAGGAUGCCAAACAAAUGGAACUUCUCUUUCGAUUACUAUUAUGCAGGACUUGUUGCCCUCGGUAUCUAUGUCCCAGGCAGUCCUCACAUGUACGGUUACAUGCUCGGACAGAGAAAGAAAGCUCUCUCCAAAUCGAAAAAGGAGUAGACUAAAUCGAAAUAUAGCUGUUGGAGAUUGCAAUUUUUAUGUGAAUGAAUGUAUUUCAAACUGUUCAAUUCUUUCUUAUUGAUUUAAAACAAUAGAACAAUUUGCAUUUGUCUGCUGGAAAAUCUAGUGGUUGAAUGAAAAUUCACUUAUAGUUUGCUGAGUUUUCAUCAGAACUAAACAAAGGGAUUGAUAAUCUAUGUUGCUCGGACUCUCCAAAA